AUUGAUGAAAUUUAUCAACUCGUGUAGUUUAUGCGAAACCAAAUAAAAUUUUUCAGUUACAAUUAUUCUUAUUAUUGUCCUUAUCGUACCGUUUCUAAUUGUGACUACAACACUGUUAGUCAAAACGCUGUUAUCAAGCUCGGUUGAGAGCGCACUGCUUUUCCACGUCAGUGUGUUUACCAAGACCAGACUGACAGCUACUGGCGUAUGUUUUAGUUUUCUUAAUUCUUCGAAAAUAUAUGCUGUCACGCCGUGGAAUGUCCCAAAAUUGUCGUUCGUCUAUAUGUUGUGGUGAGUUGAACUACAAUACUGGUCUUCUCCACUCACUGUUGGCCGGUUAGCUGCUAGCUUGCACAGCUAGUCCGUCGGUAGCUUCUACGGAAGUCCAUCUUCGAAGUAGAAGUCACACACGCAGAACUCAGUAUGGUGGACAAAAGUAUCUACAUUGUCCAGGGUGAAAUUACUGCUGUCGUCGGUGCUAUCAAGAGGAACUCAAGAUGGAACACCCACACUCCCUUGGAUGAAGAGCAGGAUCCAUUGUUGAACAGUUUUGGCCACCUGAAGGAAGUACUCAGCAACAUAAAAGAACUGUCCGACGUAGAACCCAAUGUAUUCCUCAGACCUUUCCUAGAGGUGGUCCGCUCGGAGGAUACCACUGGACCAAUCACAGGCCUUGCCCUUACCUCUGUCAACAAGUUCUUGUCGUAUGGCUUAAUAGAUGCUAACCAUGAAGGUGCAGCUGAGGCCAUAGAGAAUAUGGCGGAUGCUGUAACACAUGCCAGAUUUGUUGGAACAGACCCUGCCAGUGAUGAAGUGGUCCUUAUGAAAAUUCUACAGGUCUUGAGGACACUGCUGCUGACACCAGUUGGAGCCCACCUGACAAAUGAAUCUGUUUGUGAGAUCAUGCAGUCCUGCUUCCGUAUCUGCUUUGAGAUGCGGCUAAGUGAACUCCUCAGAAAAUCAGCUGAACACACCCUUGUUGAUAUGGUGCAGCUUCUGUUUUCCAGACUUCCCCAAUUUAAGGAAGAGGCCAAAAGUUAUGCUGGUGCGAGCAUGAAGAAGUUGAAGAUGCGUGCAGGUGGAAUGAAUGAGUCAUCCAAAUGGAAAAAGCAGAAACGUUCACCAAAGCCAACUCGCCACAUGGUGCAAAGUUCCUCUGGACAGAUGGACCCUGCCCAGUCUACCAACCUCAGUAGUACCAACCUAUCUGGUGGAGUUGUCGUAAUGGAGCAAAGGUGUUCACUACCCGCCUCAGACAGUGCUGGCUCUUCUAUUUCCAGUCCCACAACCACAGACAGUGGCCUAGAGUCCUGCUCCAAAACCACUUCUCGGGAAGACCUCUCCGACCUGGAUCAGUGUAGCUUGUUUGCAGCUACACCUGUCAAUGCCAACACACUCCUAGACACAAAUCCUGGCUCUCCAAAUGCACAGUCUGACGUUAGACCGGCUCAAUCAACAUCAGUAGAGUCAAUCCCAGAGGUUCUUGAGGAAAAAGACUUGAUUGCAGAACAGUCAGGGAGCACCUCUAUCCAUGACAUGGACUACGUCAAUCCCCGAGGUGUCCGUUUCACACAGUCCACACAAAGAGAUGGUGCAUCCCUCAUCCCCUAUGGUCUGCCAUGUCUCCGGGAGCUCUUCCGGUUCCUAAUCUCAUUGACCAACCCCCAUGACCGCCACAACACUGAUGCGAUGAUGCACAUGGGCCUGCAACUGCUGAGUGUGGCUCUGGAGUCUGCAGACUUUGUCAACUACCUAUCUUUGCUAGGACUGAUUAAAGAUGAGCUUUGUAGGCAUCUUUUCCAGCUGCUGAGCAUGGACCGUCUGAACCUCUAUGCUUCGUCGUUACGAGUGUGUUUCCUACUAUUUGAAAGCAUGAGAGUGCAUCUUAAAUUUCAGCUGGAGAUGUACCUUAAGAAACUGAUGGACAUAAUCACAUCCGAGAAUAUGAAGAUGCCCUAUGAAAUGAAGGAAAUGGCUCUGGAGGCAUUGGUACAGCUGUGGAGGAUCCCCAGCUUUGUUACUGAGCUGUACAUCAACUAUGAUUGUGACUUCUACUGCUCUAAUCUAUUUGAAGACCUCACCAAGCUGCUGUCUAAGAAUGCAUUCCCUGUGUCCGGACAGCUCUACACAACUCACCUUCUGUCACUGGAAGCUCUACUAACUGUCAUUGACAGCACUGAGGCCCACUGCCAAGCCAAAGUGCUAGACAACACCGCUUGCCAAGGCCAUUCAGAAAAACUGCCACUGGAGGAAGUAACAUUAAUAAAAAAUGGAACAGAUGCUACAACUGAUCUUAUUCAAGAUGGCAGUAUCAAUGGUUUGAGUUUUCCACUAGCGGACCGUGGUCCAGGAUGCCCACCAACUAGUGGAAAUCUGAUGGCAGAAAAGAUGAAACUGUGUCGACAGGAUCAAAGAGAGAGUGACGCUACUGAGAAGACAACCAUGAAAAAACCUCAACGUUUCUCUUCAAGUCUACCUGAUUCCCAAGAGUUGUUCGAAAUAAGGACAAAGAAAAAGCUUCUGAUCACAGGGACAGAGCAAUUUAAUCUGAAACCAAAGAAGGGAAUUCAGUUCCUUCAGGAAAAAGGGCUUCUCAGUAAUCCAAUGGAUAACAACCAAGUGGCCCAAUGGCUCCGAGAGAAUCCCAGAUUGGACAAAAAGAUGAUCGGGGAAUUUGUCAGUGAUCGCAAUAAUAUGGAGCUCCUAGACAGCUUUGUCAACACGUUCACCUUCCAGGGACUUCGUAUUGAUGAGGCCUUGAGGCUUUACCUUGAGGCCUUCAGGUUACCAGGAGAGGCUCCUGUCAUCCAAAGACUUCUGGAAACAUUUACAGACAACUGGCAUAAAGUAAACGGCUCUCCCUUCCUGACCAAUGAUGCAGGAUUUGCUUUGGCCUACGCUGUUAUCAUGUUGAACACUGACCAGCAUAACCACAAUGUACGGAAGCAGAAUAUCCCAAUGACUGUAGAGCAAUUCAAGAAGAAUCUAAAGGGAGUUAAUGGAAACAAAGAUUUUAACCAGGACAUGCUAGAGGAUAUCUACAAUGCUAUCAAGAAUGAUGAGAUUGUGAUGCCAGAUGAGCAGACUGGUUUAGUGAAGGAGAACUAUGUGUGGAGUGUGCUGCUACAUCGCGGUGCUACACCAGAGGGGACUUUCCUUCACCUGCCACCUGGCAGUUAUGACCAUGACUUAUUCACCAUGACCUGGGGUCCAACUAUUGCGGCUUUGUCCUAUGUCUUUGACAAGAGUCUGGAUGACAACAUCCUCCAAAAGGCCAUUACUGGCUUCAGGAAAUGUGCAAAGAUAGCAGCUCACUAUGGAUUUAAUGAUGUUUUUGACAAUUUGAUCAUCUCGCUGUGCAAGUUUACAACUCUGAGCAGUGAGUCAGUAGAAAACCUCCCAACUGUGUUUGGGAGCAACACAAAGGCGCAAACAGCUGCCAAGACGGUGUUUGAUCUUGCCCAUCAGCAUGGCAACAUCCUCAGAGAAGGUUGGAAGAACAUCAUGGAUUCCAUGCUGCAGCUGUUCAGGGCCGAACUACUACCCAAAGCCAUGGUCGAGGUGGAGGAUUUUCUUGAGCCAAAUGGAAAAAUCUCUCUUCAAAGAGAGGAAACUCCUUCUCAUCGUGGGGAGUCGGCAGUCUUGAGUUUUGUCAACUGGCUGACUCUGAGUGGAGCUGAGCAGUCUGGACUAAGAGGACCUUCUAUGGAAAAUCAGGAAGCCAAACAAGCCGCCAUCCUCUGCAUAAAGCAAUGUGACCCAGAGAUGAUGAUCACAGAGAGCAAGUUCCUUCAGCUUGAGUCUUUACAGGAACUAAUGAAGGCGUUGAUAUCGGUCACCCCCGAUGACGAGACUUACGAUGAAGAGGAUGCCGCCUUUUGUUUAGAGAUGUUACUGCGUAUUGUUAUGGAGAAUCGAGACCGUGUGUCGUGUGUGUGGCAGACCGUGCGUGACCAUCUCUGCCAGCUCUGCGUCCACGCCAACGAGAGCUGUUUCUUGGUAGAGAGGGGUGUCGUUGGACUCCUUCGACUUGCCAUCCGCUUGCUCCGGCGAGAAGAUAUUAGUUCCCAGGUGCUCCUUUCCCUGCGUCUCCUGCUUAUGAUGAAACCACAUGUUUUGUCCCGGGUCAGUAGAGAGGUGGCUUACGGUCUUCAUGAACUGCUAAAGACCAAUGCAGCCAACAUCCAUAGCACAGACCAUUGGUACACUCUCUUCUCAUUGCUUGAAUGCAUUGGUGCUGGAGUGAAACCUCCCGCCUCCUUUCAGUUUACGUCUGCCAGCACAGACAUCGAAACAGGUGCUCAGUCAGACAGUGAGUUGCCAUCCCACCAUCCGAGUGAAGUGAGUUUAGAUCGCGGGUACACGUCUGACUCAGAGGUCUACACUGAACACAGCAAGACCCGAAUCCCUCGCUCCACAACAGAUGUGGAUGUUGCAAGCAGUGGAUGGCUGGUGGUUGGAAAAGAGGAUUUGGAAACCAGUAAGGCCCCUCCAGUAAGCUCCAAAUCUCAACUCAAUCACCCCUUGGUCAACCAGUACAGUCUCACAGUGGGUCAGGACCUUGGCCAGCACGACACAAAGUCUCUCAUCAAGUGUGUAGAAACACUGUCAUUCAUUGUCCGUGACGCUGCCCAUGUCACACCAGACAACUUUGAGCUGUGUGUUCGAGCGAUCCGGGUAUUCGUGGAGGCUAGCCUCAAUGGAGGUUACCGCAACCAUGACAAGAAGAAGAGUCAUAAGUUUGACUCUUCCAAGUCUCGUUUGAGGAAGAGGGUUGGAGGGAAGGAGAAAGAAGGUGGGAAUGGCACAAGACGAGGCGGAAGCCGGGCUUCCAGCCAACGUCCGUCACGUUCCCAUAGUGAUGAUGAGGAGGAGGAGGGUGUCCCAGCAAGUUACCACACGGUGUCAUUACAGGUUAGUCGGGAUCUUUUAGACUUGAUGCACACAUUGCACACUCGGGCUGCCAGCAUCUACAGCUCUUGGGCAGAAGAAGAGCGCAAUCUAGAGGCUGCCGGUAAAAAGAUCGAAGCUGACUCCCAGACACUGUGGACUAGCUGCUGGUGCCCACUGCUGCAAGGCAUUGCAUGGCUGUGCUGUGAUGCCAGACGGCAAGUACGUAUGCAGGCUCUCAACUACCUCCAGAGGGCUCUGCUUGUACACGAUCUCCAGACGCUAAAUGCUGCAGAAUGGGAAUCCUGCUUCAAUAAGGUGCUUUUUCCAUUACUGACCAAACUCCUCAACAACAUAAGCCCAGCUGAUGUUGGUGGAAUGGAGGAGACCAGAAUGAGAGCCUGUACCAUCCUAUCCAAGGUUUUUCUUCAACACCUCCUACCACUGUUGUCCCUGCCAACCUUUGCUGCCCUGUGGCUCACCAUUCUGGAUUUCAUGGACAAGUACAUGCAUGCAGGAUCCAGUGACUUAUUGUUGGAGGCCAUCCCAGAGUCUCUAAAGAAUAUGCUGCUGGUGAUGGACACAGCAGAAAUCUUCCGCAGUGCAGAUUCCAAGACAAAAUACUCAGACUUGUGGGAAAUAACGUGGGAACGAAUCGACUGCUUCCUGCCUCACCUGAGAGAGGAGCUCUUUAAACAGACUGUUUUACCAGUUCCUUCAGAACCAGUACCCAGUCCUCCUCCAUCAGAGUUGCAGGCACCAUCCUCAUCAGGCCGGCCUCCCUCACCACAGGGUUCUCUGGUUCCAGCACUCCAACAGCCGCCCUCUCCUGUGUCUCUGCCUGUAACGUCUGCAGAGCCUCGAACUCCCAGCAGGCCAGCAUCGCCGCAGGAGAUCCAAGCAGCCAAUGCCAAUGGGCCAGACCGAUCAUCUUCCCCCGUGCCAGUGCCACCACAGACCCCUCACAGUCAAGUGUCCUCACCCUUGAGCCAGUCACCUCUCAUCAUCCAACCCCUUGCUUCUCCACUGCAGGUGGGGGUCCCGCCCAUGUCCCUGCCAAUCAUCCUCAACCCCGCCCUCAUCGAGGCCACAUCACCGGUACCACUGCUCCCUGGUCCCAGACCUACGAGCCCCUCUGACGAGGUCCAGUAGGAGCUCUGUUGCUUCACUAAUAAAACGGCGCGCCACCAGCCCUCGUGGUACAGCUCAACACGCACUCUUCAACCUGUGACUUCACUCCAGGAACUCUGAUCCAGUCAUCUUAGGGUCUAUUGGAGGAUCAUGUCCUUAUAAUGGCAAUUCUGGCAGAUUACAGUUUAUUUUUGACUCAUUCCACACUGUGAAGGUAAAAAAAAAAGAAUCGUCAUCAUAUUCCCUUUAGAUAAUGUUGGUACAUUUUCUACUCUGGGAAUGUUCAUGGUGACUUGAGUUUACCCAAUGCUCAUGAGGAGACCCUAAUCAUGUUAGGGACUAUACUCUAAAGUCAUUGUUUGCUUUCUGACAACCAGAUUUAAGAUUUAGUAGUAUUUGGACAGUCCUGUAGUAAAAUAUCUUAGAAUCUAAAAGGAAAUAUACAGUAAUACAAAAACCGUUAAAAAUGUUAAUGCAUCGAAACAUAUUGGGAGGAAAAAAAGGAAUUCCAUCUAUUUUCUGUGCUGCUUAGAUCAUUAAAUACCCACACAUACACAUAUUGAUGCACUUGCAUAUGGUGGUGGAAUUAUUCAUGUGAAUGCUCCCCACAUUAGGCUUACGUAGUCUGUCAGAUUCCAUGUUUGAUCAUGUAAGCAAUGUGCUUCAAGACAUGUUAUUCACUGGAGCAAAUUUAAACCUCAUCAUGAAAUACUUUUUGUGCCUCUUAGUUGCAUGUUAAGGUUAAGAUUGCAGGCAAGGAGAGUUAAGUAUUUGAGGCACUGCAUGUCAAUUAAAUCAGGUUGAUUCACGUUCAGCAUCAUUGCAGCCUUGUAAUAACUCGUGUGGGAUCAGCUCAGACUGCAGUAAAAAAAUUCGAGGACAGAGAUUCAAUUGUUUUUCAUUUAUUGGGCUGAGACCGGUCCGCCCCCCUCUUCUUUUUUUUCUUUUGAAACCCCAUACAAAAAACAAGCUUUGUUUUAAAGCAUGUCAUCAAAGGUUUGUGUGCAUGUUCGGUCCUUCAGAGGAUCAGCAGAUCAACAUUCCAAAGUGUAGAUGAAUUAUAUAGAGUGCAGUAUUGUUAUUUUGUUGUUUCUCUUUGUGCUUGGUAUAGCUCCCUGUGUACAAUGUAGCACACACAGUUAAAUCCUAGGGCCCACAAACCUCAUCAAUGAAUGAAUGCGGUUCCCCCUUUUAGAUUUCAAACAGAAUUUGCCGACAGAAAUACUAUGUUGAUAUUUUUAAUGACAUUUCUCAGAAAAUUCAAAAAGAGUUCAAUUUCCAUAGAUAUAUAUUCCAUUCUGCUGAGCAAUAUAGGUUCAUGGCAUUUACUGGAUUUGAAAAGAUAUUGUUUUGCAUCAUUUUCUCAUGUGAUGACACUAAAAUUGACUACUUGUAUACUAGUUAUGUCACUUAAGACAGGACAGUGUCUCCUUAACGUUGGGUGGCCCUUGAGGUUCUCUUCGUGAUGUUUUAUGUUAUUUAUUGAGUUGGAAAAAAAUCACAACCCACACAUGGAAAAUUGGUCUCAUACCACGAACCGCUUAAGAGAUUUCUUUAAAAGAAACAAAAUAUAUAUUUUGUUUUGGAGCUGAUGUUUGGCUUGAACAGGAAAUCAAAUAAAUUUAAUAUGUACAUAAUAUACAAAUGAAAGGUGAUGUACUUUUUACGAUGUAAUAAAUAUAAUGUAAA